AUGGCGUCCUCUGUUGUCUUGUUUCCAGGCAUUGUUUGGUUCCUAUGCCUCUUCUGCUUCCUUUGCAGCCUACCACUAGCCAUCUGCAACGAAACUGAAAAUGAUAGGCAAGCUCUCCUCUGCUUCAAGUCCCGGCUCUCGGGUCCAGCAGGAGUUUUAGCUUCAUGGAGCAACACGUCCCUGGACGUUUGCGACUGGCAUGGGAUCACCUGCAGCACGGUGUCCCCUCGUCGUGUGAUUGAGCUGGACCUUAAUUCAGAAGGCAUCUCAGGCCCCAUAUCGCCUUGCAUUGCCAACCUGACCUCUCUUAAAAGGCUGCAGCUGUCAAACAAUAACUUCAAUGGUGGCAUACCAUCAAAGCUUGGCCUCCUGAGCCGGCUCCGUGAGCUCAACCUCAGCAAGAACACUUUGGAAGGUAACAUACCGCCAUCUCUGGGUAGCAGCCGUUCUCUUACAUAUGUCAAUCUUGGGAUGAAUGCUCUAACAGGGGUCAUCCCGGAGUCCCUAGCAAAUAGUCCAUCCCUCCAAGUACUUCUGCUCAUGAGCAAUAGGCUUAGUGGAAAACUACCAAAGGCUCUCUUCAACACAUCAUCUCUUCUUGACAUUUUCCUCCAAAAGAACAACCUUGUUGGUUCUAUACCUGUUGUUACUGCCACCUCCCCGCCUAUUCAAUACCUCGAUUUAAGCUAUAAUCAUAUUUCAGGAAAAAUACCUUCCUCGCUAGGGAACCUUUCCUCCCUCAUUGAUCUUCGUCUUACAGAAAAUGAUUUAGUAGGGCAUAUACCAGACAGCUUAGCAAACAACUCGCUUGUUGGAAGGUUACCCUCCAAUAUUGGCUACACACUCCCGAAUAUUCAGGAUUUAAUCCUCUCAUCAAACAAGUUUGAUGGCCCUAUCCCAGCUUCUCUUCCCAAAGCUUACAACCUUCGUCAGCUUUACCUGUAUAAUAACAGCCUAACUGGGUUUAUACCCUUCUUUGGGUCAUUGCCAAAUUUGGAGGAACUUGAUUUGUCAUACAACAAGCUAGAAGCAGGAGACUGGGAAUUUGUCUCUUCACUCGCAAAUUGUACCAGGUUGACUAUGCUGAUGUUGGUUGGGAACAAUCUUCAAGGCGAAAUGCCAAGUUCAAUAGGCAAUCUUUCUGAUAGUCUGGAGUGGCUGUGGUUAAGGGAAAACCAAAUUUCAGGGCCUAUACCACCAGAGAUUGGCAAUCUUAAGAGCCUCCGCAGGUUGUACAUGGAUUACAAUCUUAUCACUGGAAAUAUACCAGCAACAAUUGGUAAUUUGCACAGCUUGGUCCGUCUACCCUUUGGACAAAACAGACUGUCAGGGCAAAUCCCGGAUACUAUUGGUAAUCUGGUUCAGCUAAAUUCUUUGAAAUUGGAUGGGAACAACAUUAGCGGAAGGAUACCUGCGGAUAUAGGACAUUGUAAUCAACUCCAAAUACUCAACCUUGCUCACAACUCACUAGAUGGGAAUAUACCAAGUGAAAUCUUCAAAAUUUCUUUGCUUUCUGAAGAAUUGGACUUGUCACACAAUUACCUAUCUGGGGGAGUGCCAGUGGAAGUUGGCAAUCUCAUUAAUGUGAACAAAAUUAGCAUAUCAGAUAACAGGCUGUCUGGCAACAUCCCAUCCACUCUUGGCCAGUGUGUGGUUCUGGAGUACUUGGAUAUUUCUCAUAACAAUUUUUUUUUCGAGAAUGUUUCUCAUAACAAUUUGUCCGGAAAGAUUCCACAGUUCCUCACAUCCUUAAGUUCCCUUAAAAAUCUCAACUUAUCCUUCAACAAUUUUGAUGGAGCAGUUCCAGGAGGCGGUAUUUUUAACAAUACUGCUGCAGUGUCAGUUGAAGGAAAUCAUGAUUUGUGUACCAGCAUUCCAACAGGAGGUAUACCUCUUUGUUCAACACAAGUUGACAGAAAAGGGCAACAAAAUGCAUCGGCUCUAGUCCUACGGAUAGUAAUGCCAGCCGUUUCUGCUGUCCUAUUAAUUUUGUCAUGUAUUGCAACAAUUUACUGGAGGAAGAGAAUGCAGGAAAAUCCAGAUUUGCAAGAAUUCAGUGAGCACAUGAAGAAGAUAUCAUAUGAAGACAUUGUAAGGGCAACAGAUAGGUUUUCUCCAGCAAACCUAAUUGGAUCAGGAUCAUUUGGAGUGGUUUACAAGGGCAGUUUGAGGCUUCAAGAAGAUCAAGUUGCCAUCAAGAUUUUCAGCCUAAACAAUUAUGGAGCAAAUAGGAGCUUUAUUGCAGAGUGUGAAGCCCAACGAAAUGUCCGUCACCCGAAUCUUGUAAAGAUCAUCACAUCAUGUUCUUCUGUGGAUUCUAAUGGGGCAGAUUUCAAGGCCCUAGUGUUCCAAUACAUGCGGAAUGGAAACCUAGAAAUGUGGUUGCAUCCGGAAGACCUUGAACAUGGUGAGAGACAUAUCCUGACUUUAAGCGGAAGGAUCAAUAUUGGCUUGGAUGUAGCCUUUGCUUUGGAUUAUCUUCAUAACCAGUGUGCAUCUCCACUAAUACACUGUGACCUAAAGCCAAGCAAUAUUCUUUUGGAUCUUGACAUGGUCGCCUAUGUCACCGACUUUGGCCUGGCAAGGUUUGUAUUCACAACAUCAAAUGUAGAAGAAGGUGAUUCAACAAGUCUGGCCUGCCUAAAAGGAUCCAUCGGAUACACCCCUCCAGAGUAUGGCAUGAGCGCAGAGAUAUCAACCAAGGGUGAUGUCUACAGUUUUGGAGUGCUUCUGUUACAGAUGAUAACAGGGCGAAGUCCAACUGACAAAAAUUUCAGUGAUGGUGCAAGCCUUCAUGAAUUUGUUCAUAGAGCAUUUCCAAAUAAUAUUUGUGACGUUGUUGAUCAAACAAUGCUAGAAGAUGACAGCAAUGCACAAGAAAUAAUAAAGAACUGUGUCAUUCCACUUGUUAGAAUAGGCCUCUCUUGCUCCAUGACAUCUCCCAAAGAGCGGCCGGACAUGGGCCAAGUUUCUACCGAGAUCCUUAGAAUCAAGCAUGUGGCCUCACGCAUGGCGAAGUCCAGCGACGGAAAAUUCAGUGAAGGUGCAAGCCUUCAUGAAUUUGUUCGUAGAGCAUUUCCAUAUAAUAUUUGUAAGGUUGUUGAUCCAACAAUGCUACAAGAUGACAGCAACGCACCGAAAGUGAUGAAGAACUGUGUCGUUCUAAUGGUUAGAAUAGGCCUCUCUUGCUCCAUGACAUCGCCCAAAGACCGGCCGGGCAUGGGACAAGUUUCUGCCGGGAUCCUUAGAAUCAAGCAUCUGGCCUCCCGCAUGGAUGUCAGAUGA